AUGCUGCUGGGUUGCAUGGGCUUUAUGAUGGCUACCUUCUACCUAGUACACUGGCCAGACGAUGACAUCCAGCAGAUCACGUGGGAGAUCAUUAACUCCACAACCAGCAUCUUCGGAGCCUUGCUUAUGUUCCAGGGUUGCAAUCGCGUGGUGAAUUAUUACUUCCUGGAUCACGUGUCGACGUGGCAUCAGCUGUCAGUGAACAUGCUGCACAUGAUGCUAUG